UAAAAGAUCCGUCAAAUGUCGACUGGUACAACUGCCAUAAUCCGCACCCGCAAGUUCAUGACCAACCGUCUGAUUGCCAGGAAACAAAAGGUCUGCGAUGUGCUCCACCUGGGACUCUCGUCGGUCAAUAAAACGGAGACUCGCGAGAAGCUCGCCGCCAUGUACAAGGUGACACCCGAUGUUGUCUUUGCGUUCGGUUUCCGUACAAACUUUAGCGGUGGCCGUUCCACGGGCUUGUCACCAAGGCCAUACACUGAACUGACUAAAGAGGACGCUUGUGCCCAGCGCAAAAAUUCCGAUAAUGGCACAAGUUUCGACACAGCUGCCAAGCUUCAUUAG